AUGGCGAACCCCAACCGCACGGAUUACGCAGGAGGCGAGAAGGGCCUUGGGAUCAUCUGGGUCCAGUCUCUGAUCAAGGACCCAGACAGGUUAUCGGCUGAGUUGUUCAAUCGAUGGUAUGAAGAGGUCCAUAUUCCAGAUAUCCUCGCCGCUGGAAAUGGCGGAGUCGUCAACGCAUGGCGCUACGAGGCCGUCGACCCGGCUCGAUCUCGUCCAUGGAUGGGGGUUUAUAAAGUCCCCGAUGUCGCGUUCCUGAGCAGCGACGAGUUCAAGGCGAUCCCCAUGUCACAUCCAAUGCUACCAGGCCCAGGACCCAUUCACCAAUGGGCAGACUUUGACGGCCGAUACUACAAGCACGUCCAGACUUGGGAGAACGACAGCAACAAGAUAGGGCGAGCACCACUUCUGUACUCGGAGGAGAUUGAGCCCGAGGAAGGCAAUCAGCGAGAUAUCAAACAGUGGUACGCCGACGAAUACGUAGGAGAGCUUUCGAAGCGGGGUGGAUGGCGACGGUCCACACUGCUCAAACUCAUUUUCAGAAAAGAAGACAAGGACGAUCCCAAUUCAGCCUCGAUCAUUGUCCCAACAUGGCUGGCACUCCAUGAGUUUGAGGAAGGUGCCCUGCAAGGUGUCCCAGAGUUGGGUCGCCUGGACGCUGCACUGGGGCCGACCAAGAAGAUAGAACGAUCAUUGUUCCGGAAAAUGAGCGAGUUUGGCCAUAUAGAUGCAACUCUCUAG